AUGAAUCCAUCAUCUUGUUGUUCUUUUCCGUCGGCGUCUCAUUCGCACAUUGGCCCAAGACGGUAGGUAGGUCGGGUAUAAAGACGGUGAUUUUUGUGUCUUCGGAAUCAGAUCAGCAAUGCUUCCGAAGGUAUUCAUCGCAGUUGCACUGCUUGCUACGGUCGCCGUUGAGGCGAAACCAGUCAAGGUCAGUUGGGGUUUCCUCGAGUUUCCCAUUCAUUUGUGCUCAUUUUCAGAGAACCCCUCCGUGCGGAACCCCGCCGUUCUUGGACAGUCUUCCAGCUGACGCCCAGGAAAAGAUCAAUGAUAUCUGGAAAGACUACAAGGAGGGAGACAAGUGCUACGAGGAGCAGGGACUGACUCGCGAAGUCAUCGACGCCCUCCCGAAGGAUGCCAAGAAGAACCUUCACAAGAGACCACCACUUCCGUUCCUCAAGGGACUUCCUAAGGAGACUCUCGCCAAGUUCGACGCUAUUUUCAAGAACAAGACCAUUCCAUGGAGCGAGAAGCCGGAGAAGAUUGACGCUUUGGCCACGAAGGAACUGAGCGGAGAUAACCUGAAAAAGUUCCAGGAGUUCAAGGAGAAGAAGGAGAAGGAGGACAAGGAGUACAAGGAGAAGGAGUCGAAGCUGUCGGCGGAGGCGAAGUCUGCGCACGAGAAGAUCGAGGCUCUGAACAAGCAGAAGUUCGAGAUUCUCGGAGAUUUGAGCGAGAAGGCCAAGGAGGAGCUGUUCGAUCUGUGGAGAAACCGUCCACACUUCAGAGGAGGACAUCACGGAGGAAAGCAUUAG